AUGUCGGCCUCCUCUCCCCCAGCCUUACCUCGAGCCUUCCUCCACACUCUCCCUCCUCAUCACCCUCCGCCCUCGGUCGCACCAUCCACCCCAUCUCCGUCUCCAAGCCCACCUGGGCCAGUCUACGCACGCCUAUCCAACGGCAGCCACAACGCCCCCAGCCCCACUAAUUCCAGAGGCUCUUUCCAAGGGGUGUCCUUCCUGCUGCAAAUUGGGCUGACAAGAGAAACGGUCAACCUAGAUCCCAGUGACCCAUCACUGUCUUCUGUCAAAGAUCUAGUAUGCUCCAUUGUGGACCAGAAGUUCCCAGAAUGUGGCUUCUUCGGCAUGUACGACAAGAUCCUUCUGUUUCGGCACGACCUCCAAGAUGACAACAUUCUGCAGCGGCUCACGUCAGCGGAGGACAUCCAUGAAGGCGACCUCAUCGAAGUGGUGCUCUCAGCUCAAGCCACGGUCGAGGACUUCCAGAUUCGGCCCCAUGCCCUCUACGUGCACUCGUACAAAGCGCCCACCUUCUGUGACUACUGUGGGGAGAUGCUGUGGGGUCUGGUCCGACAGGGGCUCAAAUGUGAAGGAUGUGGGCUGAACUACCACAAGCGUUGUGCCUUUAAGAUCCCAAACAACUGUUCUGGUUUUAAGAAAAGAAGGUUAUCUAACGUGUCACUGCCGGGUCCAUCGCUGUCGGUCCCACGUCCUGCUCCAAUAGAGAAUGCUGUGGUUCUUCUGGAUGAACAGCAGCAGCGGUCGCAUCAGGAGGCUGGGAAGCGGAUCCUCUCAUGGAGCGGGCGGCCCAUCUGGAUGGAGAAGAUGGUUCUGGGUCGAGUCAAAGUCCCACACACCUUUGCCAUCCACACAUACACACGGCCCACUAUCUGCCAGUACUGUAAGAGGCUGCUCAAGGGCCUGUUCCGGCAGGGAAUGCAAUGUAAAGACUGUCGAUUCAACUGCCAUAAGAGGUGUGCUUCGAAGGUACCUAGAGACUGCCUGGGGGAGGUGGACUUCAAUGGAGAGCCCGUUAGCCCUGGCCCAGAUUCAGACUCUACAAUGGACACCAUGGAAGUGGACAGCUGUGACAUUGACGGCAGCCGAAGUCUGGACGACCCAGAAGAACCAUCCACACCAGAGGAGAGAAUGUUUGAUAUGUAUUCUCCACUUUUGGACAGAGAUAAGGAUGAGGAGCCAAUUAAAACUAUAAGCCCGUCCACAAGUAGCAACAUUCCUCUGAUGCGUGUGGUCCAGUCCAUCAAACAUACCAAAAGGAGGAGCUCCACGCUGGUGAAGGAGGGCUGGAUGGUACAUUAUACCAGCAGGGACAAUCUGCGGAAGCGACAUUUCUGGCGGCUAGACUGCAAGAGUUUGACCCUCUACCAGAACGAGACUGGAGCCAAGUUCUAUAAAGAAAUCCCACUGUCUGAGAUCCUCCAGGUUGAACCACCCAGGGAUUAUCGUAACCUGGCACAGGGCAGCAACGCACACUGCUUUGAGAUCAUCACAGCAACCAUGGUGUACUAUGUAGGGGAGAACAAUGGCGGUCACUACCACAGCCCAGCUCUGGCUGCCUCAGGAGUGGGUCUGGAUGUGGCACAGGGCUGGGAGAAGGCCAUCAGACAGGCCCUGAUGCCAGUCACCCCUCAGCCCAGUGUGGCCUGUGGAACCAGACAGGGCAAAGAUCACAAAGAGCUGUCCAUCAGCAUAUCUGUGUCCAACUGCCAGAUCCAGGAGAAUGUGGAUAUUGCUUCAAUCUAUCAAAUAUUCUCAGAUGAAGUGCUGGGAUCAGGACAGUUUGGCAUCGUUUACGGAGGCAAACAUCGGAAGACUGGCAGAGAUGUGGCAAUAAAAGUCAUCGACAAGAUGAGAUUUCCCACGAAGCAGGAGAGCCAGCUGAGAAACGAGGUGGCCAUUUUACAGAACCUGCAUCAUCCUGGAAUUGUGAACUUGGAGUGCAUGUUCGAGACUCCGGAGAGAGUUUUUGUGGUCAUGGAGAAGCUGCACGGAGACAUGCUGGAGAUGAUUCUGUCCAGUGAGAAGAGCAAACUCCCCGAACGCAUCACCAAGUUCCUCGUCACACAGAUUCUUGUGGCUUUGAGACACCUGCACUUCAAAAACAUUGUUCACUGUGACCUAAAGCCAGAAAACGUACUACUAGCCUCAGCGGAGCCCUUUCCUCAGGUGAAGCUGUGUGAUUUUGGAUUCGCCCGUAUCAUUGGAGAGAAGUCUUUCCGGCGCUCUGUCGUGGGCACCCCUGCGUACCUGGCUCCGGAGGUCCUGCGCAGCAAAGGCUAUAACCGCUCCCUGGACAUGUGGUCGGUGGGGGUCAUCGUGUACGUGAGCCUGAGUGGGACAUUUCCUUUCAACGAGGACGAGGACAUAAAUGACCAGAUACAAAACGCUGCCUUUAUGUACCCGCCUGCUCCCUGGAAGGACAUCUCCACGGACGCUACCGAUUUGAUCAACAAUCUCCUACAAGUGAAGAUGAGAAAGCGAUACAGUGUGGACAAGUGUCUCAGUCACCCAUGGUUACAGGACUAUCAAACCUGGCUGGACCUGCGCGAGUUCGAGACGCGGCGAGGAGAGCGCUACAUCACCCACGAGAGCGACGACGCCCGCUGGGAGGAGUACGCCGACGAGAACUGCCUCCUCUACCCCAAACACUUCAUCAUGGCUCCCAACCUGGACGACAUGGAGGAGGACCCCUAG